AGAAGAUGGGUUUUGGAAAGAGCCACAUGGUAAUGAAAAUAGGCAUUGAGGUGUAUUGUGUGAUCCCAGUCCUCCUUUUUGUACUCUUAUUCUUUCUUUUCCUUCACACCACCAAUCCAACCCAUCCCGUUUCAAAUCAAAACACACACAAAAGCGUGUUCCCAUGGUGGUGCCAAAUUAUACUUAACCACGUUUACCCUUCCCUCCCCUCUCUCACCAUCAUCGAAUGGAACCAUCUUUCAAUCUCACUGAAGAUUCGGAUGCUAAAGCAACCACCUUUUGCCCCUCUUCCUCUUCCUCUUCCUCUAUCACCACCCCAUGUUCACAGGAACGACAACCAGUUUCCCAGAAGAGAAAUCGGAGGAGAACCCAAGAACAGAGCAACCACCCCAUGUUCAGAGGAGUUCGAAAACGAAAUUGGGGCAAAUGGGUCUCUGAGAUUCGCGAGCCAAGGAAGAAGACCAGAAUUUGGCUUGGAACUUACCCAACGCCGGAAAUGGCAGCCCGAGCCCACGACUCCGCUGCGCUGGCCAUAAAGGGUCACUCUGCUUUUCUCAAUUUCCCUGAAUUAGCCCAAUUCCUUCCUCGCCCGCUCUCCAUGUCCCACAAGGACAUUCAGGCCGCUGCGGCGCAGGCAGCGGCAGCCACAUUUUCCGCCGGAAGCAACCAUGAAGGCGGAGGAGGGGAAGCAGCGGAGGAGAGCAGGGAGACUCUGUUUCCCCGUAGCGAUGGCGGAGACAGAACAGAGGACUCCACAAACUCCACCGGCGAUGAGACAUUGUUCGAUUUGCCUGAUUUGUUCGUGGGAAGUUGUGAUUUGAAAGAAAGGUUUCUGUAUCAUUCUUGGUCGUGGCAGUUUUGUGCGGCGGCCGAUAAUAGCGGAUUUCGGCUGGAAGAGCCUUCAUUCUGGGAACUCAUUUAAGUUCUCAAUACUUGUCUGCAUCUUUCAGUCCCAUCAAAAUUCUGUUCCCAGAGGUGAUGUUAUUUUUGUUAUGAUAAAGAAAUGAAUAACAGAGUAAAA